AUGGCGAAAGUUUCUAGAAUCCACCGUUUACACCUCCCGACAAUCACUUAUGCCACCGUCGCCGAUGAUGAUGAUGAUGAUGAAGAAGAGUACCCACAUGCUUUUGCUUUCGAUUUCGACUCCCUUUCUCCUCCUAAUCAUACCCUUAUCAUCAAUUCGGCUAAUUUCAACUUUAGCCCUAAUUCUGAUCCGGAUUCGGAUGAUUCGGGUUUGCUUGCAGAUCCGGAUUCGUUUGUCGUUGAUGAUGAUCAAUUGAAUUUCGUUACGGAUCUUUUCGUGACCCGUGAUGGGAAUGUUACUGAAGAUGCGGAGGAGAACUCUAGGGUUUUUCUAGAGGAUGUGUAUGGUGAUUUUGGAUCUGAUUUUGAUGGGGUUUUUCUGCCAGAAGAUUGGGGUGAUGGGGUUAGGGUUGUGGGUAAUGGGUCGGAGUUCGAUUCGCAAGAAGUGGAGCUGAAUGAUAGGGAUUUGGGUGUUAAUGUUUCUUCUGAUAUUUCUUCCACUUCUGAAGGAGGAGGGAACUCGAAUUCGAAUUUGAAUUCGGAUUCAAUUGAUGGGGGAGAUGAGCCGGUGAGGAAUUUAGAGUGGGAAGUUCUGUUGGCCGUUAAUAAUAUUGAAAGAAGUCUCGAAUUUGAUGGAAAUGAUGAUGGGAUUGCUCAUGUAUACGAUACUGAUCACGAAGCUUUGUUUGGGCAAUUUCUGGAAAGUGAAGGGGCUAUGAAGGGUAGUCCACCAGCAGCUAAAUCUGUCGUUGAAAAUCUUCCGUUGGUGGUAUUGAAGGACGAAGAAAAUAAGACGGCGUGUGCUGUUUGUAAAGAUGAGAUUUUGGUUGUGGAGAAGGUGACUGAGCUUCCUUGUUCCCAUUAUUACCAUUGGGAAUGUAUUGUACCGUGGUUAAACAUACGUAAUACAUGCCCUGUUUGUCGCCAUGAGUUACCCACGGAUGAUACUGAUUAUGAGAGGAGGAAAAUUGGAAGGCGUACUGGUGCUGGAGCUCAACACAUUAGUGACUUUCAGGCUCUUCCUUUAGUUUUUACUUCGGGUACAAUGUAUGUAUGUACGAUUUCCGGUUUGUAUGACGGUCUGAAUUGCUGUAAUUGUACCAUUAGACAUGCGACAAAGUAA